UGCAAUCAAUAGUACCUUUAUAUAAAAACCGUAUCAUUGAUUCUAAGCGAAUUAUCAGUGUGGUUUCCUCUUUCACAUUCAACAUGUCUUCCGUUAUCAGACCAUUCGUGGUUUUAUUUUCAAUUCAUGUUGUCUUCGGCCAAGUUACCGGGCAAAGUCCAAUAAACCCAAUUGGUUUGGUUAACGGCCUUGGGUAUGGUCUAACGAACGGUUUGGGUCACGGAUACACUAACGCUCUUUCUGGUGGGGGCCUUAAUGGUGGACUAGGGGGAUCCGGAAUAAUUGGAUCCGGUAUUGGCGGUGCAAAUUUAGCAGGCGGAAUCGCCGGACCCGGUUUUACAGGUAUACCACCGGGCUUCAUCAAUCAAAACCUUCAAGGAUAUCCGGCGCAGGCUAUCAGUGGCCUCUACGGCGGAGUAGGAAACGGGGACUUGAAGGUAGCCGGGGAAUUACCUGUAGCAGGAUCGACUGCUGUCACCGGUCAAGUUCCAGUGGUCGGCAGCGUGCAGUUUGGUGGUGAUAUAAAAGCUGGUGGAGUAGUCACCAUCAGUGGCACUUGUGGUUGUGGAUAUUAAGUUUUAGUGGAUUUAGUCCUUAAUGCUUUUAGAUAUUUAUUUAAAGAUAAUAUUAUUGAAGUCUAAGUAGUAAUACUUUUGUAGAGCAAGCAAGAAUAAAAUUUAAGUUAAUUGCAUGGUUUCAUUAAAAAUGGAUGUUAGUGUAUAUAUCGCUAACCAAAAUAGAGUCAAUCGUCAACAAAAAAGCACAGUAGUACUUAAAUUAACAAGCUUAGCUAAGUGUUUACACAAAAAUAGCGUACCCGCGAUGUGAUUUAAGUGUACCAGAAAUAUGCUAUAUCAAAAUUUUUUGCUCAUUAUUUUAAAGAAAUUUUCAAAAAAUUGUUGGUUAUUCCCUGGACCGCACGCCCCACCAAUGUAUCCAUCCUAGCUCAGCUCAAACUCCGGACUAGACUCUCCACCAUUUGCCUGCGAAGGAUUCUUGAAUACUUUGGCCACAUUGCAAGGAAAGACAGUGACAACUGGGAGAAAUUGGUGGUCACUGGAAAGGUCGAGGGCAAGCGACCAAGAGGCAGGAGCUCGACCCGUUGGACGGACCAGAUUCGUGCAGCCCUUGAUACAACAGUGCACGAUGCUCUGCAUUCAGCUGCAGAUAGGAACAGAUGGCGGUGCAUUAUAAAAAACGAACUGUUUCAAGGUCCUGACCACGACCCUCAGUAAUGAGGAAACCGACGCAAGGAGGAAGAGGAGUUGGGCUGCUGCAUUAUGACGUUUAGUGUUAAGUUAGCGCUGGUUUUGCGCAUUCAAUGUGUGAGCUCCAACUAUAUUUGGACUAAACAAAACAAUUGUGUUUUACAUCAUAGAUUUAGCAGGAUUUUCGGUUACAACGCUAUCCGAAAAAUACGCUUAUUUAUGUUUUAUUUCAAUUAAACGAACUUAUUAUAAAUU